AUGACAGCGGGCCAGACACGACAAGCUGCUGCUGGCGCCCCUUUAUCAUUGGCCCCGCCCGGCGUCCCCGCGCGACUCGCAGCCAAGCGGCUGACGGUGGCAGCCGUGGGCGCGAGCAUCACCGCGGGCGCGGGCGCGUUUGAUGACGUACGGGACGCCUGGGUCGACCGCCUCCAAACGUGGCUGUAUGACACUUAUGGAGCGAAGCACGGCGUCAACGUGACCGUCAAUAACGGCGCGGUGCCAGGCACCACCAGCAUGUACAUGUGCGCGUGCUUCAGGCGCCACGUCCCGCAGGAUGCUGACGUCAUCUUCCUCGAGUACGCGGUCAAUGACGAGCACCGCAAGGAGCCGCUCUUCCACAACAGCGCGAGGAAGUCGUUCGAGCGCCUGAUCCGGAAGCUCCUGCAGAUGCCCAGCCGCCCCGCCGUCGUGCUGCUCAACACUUACGCCUGGUUCAACACGGACCCGUACGAGGCGAGCGCCCACCCUGCGCCUUGCAGCCGCGCUCGCUGCCUUUGCCUGCCUUCCACCGUGUGA